AUUUUUUUGUAAUUUUGAUUAUUUUGGCAUUUGUGCAGAAAGUGAUAAUUACAAUAAUUAUGACUAUGAUCAUGAGCAUACAAUUAAAUACAGUAGUGUGUGAUAGAGAGAAAAGAGCAGCAAGUAUGAGUCUGCCUCAGCCUGUACCAGGUACUGAGUUCACUAGGAGAUGAAAACCCCUGUUUGUCUUGACAAGGUUUUAGGACAACUCCUCCGUUCAAUCAUGUACUUUGGCACAAUACACGUUGGAAGCAGUGCUAUUUGUCUUCACAGAGCCUAGGGGCGAUGCUAUCAGCAUCAGUAGCAGCCGCUGCAGGCAAGCGAAUAGCCGUGGCCCUGUCGGGUGGUGUAGAUUCCACAGUCACUGCGUUGCUGCUCAAGCAGAAAGGCUACAAUCUCCUUGGGGUCUACAUGCGCAACUGGGAUGAAAGAGACGAAAAUGGGCAUUGCCAUGGCGACGAAGAAUGGAAUCGUGUGCAGAGCGUAUGCAAUCGCCUGGAUAUAGACUGUGUACAAGUGAACUUUGUGCGGGAAUACUGGACAAAUGUGUUUGAACAGUUGUUGGAUGGGUACAGACAAGGGAUGACGCCGAAUCCAGACAUUCUGUGUAACCGCGAAAUCAAAUUCUCGGCACUGCUCAAUCGCUGCCAGGAGAAGCUGGGUGCAGAGUAUUUGGCUACCGGGCACUAUGCCCAGCUGCGCAUUGACCCGGACGGGGAUGGCAAAGAAGUACAGCUGUUGAAAGGUGUUGACCCGAGCCGUGACCAGACGUACUUUCUGGCGUCGGUGCGGCAAAGUGCUUUGCGCCGUGCAAUGUUCCCUCUGGGCGGUAUGAUGAAAAACAGUGUGUUUGAACUCGCUCGCACAAACGGCUUUGAAGACGUUGCAACCUUGCCCGAGAGUCGUGGCCUCUGCUUCAUCGGCAAGCGGAACUUCACCAAGUUUAUUUCUAACUACAUCGAGCGCAAGCCCGGCCUAGUCAAGCUGACAUGUGGCAAGGUCGUUGGAGAGCAUUCUGGCGUCCACACCCUCACGCGUGGCCAGCACGCCAUAUUUGGCAAGUACGAGCGUGACGAAAUCGGGUACUACGUGUGUCGGCGAGACCCUAUCACGAAUACCAUAUAUGUCGUGACGGAUUCCCAGCAUCCGAUUUUGUACAAUACCGAUUUUACCAUGUCUUCGCCGUCGUGGACGAAUAGCUCUGUUCCCGAAAGCCUCACCACUACAGAUGGUGUACUGUCAGGUGUUGAAAUCGAACCGUAUGUCGGCCCCGAGCGGUUGACGAGAUCGGCCGCUAUCCGGUGGAACCAGGCGGGCAGUGCCGGGGAGGAUAUUCGGAGCGACUGCGGGGAAAUCGCAGUGGCAUGCGGACUUCCGAUCCGUGCCAUCGCACCCGGUCAGUUUGGGGUGUUUUACCAAGGUGACGUGUGCAUCGGCUGCGCACAAUUCAAAGACGCCUUGCCUAUGAAUGACUACGGGUGGUAGGUAACAUUUUAGUUUUGCCUUUGCUACCUGCCCCCCCCCAACGCGUUGGCUGGACUAAUGGCAUCCGUAUACUAGUGGUUUUUUAAAGUUUUGAAUGCUUCUCUGCUUGUUUUCUAUGGAGGGAGCGCUGGCGCUUUUCCUUUGGCAGGCUCUUUACUUUGUUGUAAUUUAUUUUGUAUUUUAUUUAUAACUCGGAUGUUGAGCCAUAAAUAAAUGUAGAAAGGAAAAGGACAUAUGGAGUUUUGUGCCUAGUUAUUGCACUUUCUGACUGUAUAUAGUAUCCAGUUGUUACAGUGAUGGAGAGUUACUCUUAACUCAUAUCCAUAUGUCCUUUUCCUUUCUACAUUUAUUUUAUUUAUUUUUGGAUUUCCCAGAGGCUGGAAGGCCUGUCGAGGCGGUCUCCAUAUCAGCAUUACAAACAAACAAAAACAUGAUUGAUGCAUGUUAGUGGCCUUUGGACAACAUUGCAUGUAGGAUGCAGAUGUAACUGAAUGGAUUGACUCAAUUCGACAUCGCAUGGACACUAGAGCGAGAAGUGCGUUCUCUGUUUUCACCGGCUGAGUAAGCACGGCAAGGGCCAGUGACAUAAUA